CAAUAGAAAUCCACCAAGUGAUAGCCAUAUUGGUACUCAUCAUGAGCAACCUUCACUUACACUCUUCCAUUUCCAAAACAAUCUUAGCCCUGCGAAUCUCUUCCCUUUUCUUUCUCUUUUCUUCACUCAAUACCACCCAUGGCUCCCCAAUCAAAGCUAACAUCUUCAUCUAUGCAGGCUGCUCACAAGAAAAGUACCAACCAAACUCACCCUUUGAAGCUAACCUCAACUCUUUCCUAACCUCAGUUGUUAGCUCAUCCUCUCAAGCCUCUUACAACGCCUUUUCUGUCGGAAACGGAACCUCAACAUCACCAGAAGGUGCCAUUUAUGGCUUGUACCAGUGCAGAGGUGACUUAAAGAUUUUUGACUGUUCGAAAUGCAUCGAAAGCGCGGUGAAUCAAGUCACUCUAGUCUGUCCCUACUCUUAUGGCGCCUCUUUGCAGUUACAAGGUUGUUAUGUUAGAUACGAGCAUGCUGAGUUUUUGGGCAAGCUUGAUACAAGUUUGAGGUACAAGAAAUGUAGUAAGACUGUACAUGAAGAUGUUGAGUUCUUUCGGAGAAGAGAUGACGUGCUAGCUGACUUGCAAGGGACUAGUGGAUUUAGGGUUAGUAGUUCAGGCUUGGUUGAGGGUUUUGCGCAGUGUUUGGGGGAUUUGAGCCAAAACGACUGCUCUUCUUGCGUCGCAGAUGCUGUGGGAAAGCUGAAGAGUUUGUGUGGGUCAGCAGCUGCGGUAGAUGUGUUCUUGGCUCAGUGUUAUGCUAGGUACUGGGCUUCUGGCUACUACGAUAUCUCAGAUUCCUCUAACGAAGACCAAGUGGGAAAGACUGUGGCCAUUAUCGUGGGGGUGGUAGCAAGUCUAGCUAUUCUCAUUGUUCUUCUAUCAGUUUGCCGGAAAACCAUGGGUCGUUAUUGAAUGGGUGGAGAGAUCUCUGGUUCCUUUCAAGAUAUGAGGAGAAUCAUGGUGAAAAUGAGGUCACACAUUGUUGGUCUUAAUAUUCUUAUCAAAAGCUAUUUGUCUUGUACUUUUUGGGUAUUUUAAUACCAAAUAGAUGGUUUCCACAAAAGAAGUGGGGUAAUUCUCUAGCACAAAGUGGCUGGCUAAGUAGCUAGCACUCUAAUCUUUAUCUACUUCAAAAGGGCUGUCGAUUCCUCUAACUUCUUAAUGUCCUGCAAAAAAUCAAUCUCUUUUUCCAUUUUCUACGCU